UAUCCUGAUACCGAUCGCCUGGCCCACCCCGACAAGACUUUCUACCCAGUCAAGAUUCCCGUAUCACACUGGCAAUUGCGACACUACAUCUCAUCGCCCGACAAGGACGCCAUCUACUACGCCAGUGGGAACGAAGUCUACUACCUCGACACGCUCUCGCGGAAACGCAAAUACCUCGCUACACUACCUUUCGAGGCCCGAUGUACCGCCUCUGGCUUUGGCUGGAUCUGUGUUGGAGGUGAGGAGGAUGGCCACUUCGCCGCAAUCAAGCUGGAGGGCUCGUCUCCGACACGCUCUGUCGAUGUAGACGCCCCACUGCCUCUGGACUAUUGGCAACCGCAAAGAGGCUCUCCCAGGGCCGCCAACGUCAAGCUCGAACGUAUAGGCGAAGAGAUCGUCAACUCAAUCUCCAUCCACCAGAUCCACGACGAGGAAAAUCAUCUGUACGAUGUCGUCGCCGUCCUGACCAACAACGACAAGACUGUUCGCAUCUACUCGCUCCCACAAGCCCUGGAGACUUCGGUCCUGGACCUGCCCUUUCCCAUGAACCACGCUUCGAUAUCUCCUGAUGGCACCACGCUUGUUGCUGUUGGCGACUCCAACCAGGCCUUCUUCUAUACACGCACGCUGUCGCAACCUCCNCCACAGAUUCCAAAACCUCACAAUCGCCUGAACACAACGAACGUCACAUGGGACCUAGCAAACAUCGUUCAGCUCCGUGCUGGUGAUCCCACUGCACAGCCCGGAUACUUCACCACUGCAUGGUCACCCAAUGGCAGCUUAGCCGCUCUGGGUUCCGAAGGUGGCUACAUCACAGUAUUCGAUAUGGACAUAUUUGCGCAAUGUGCUUCUGACGAGGCAGAAGAUGCCAUCGUCGCUACCGUUCCCUCAACAAGACCCAAUAUUGUUGCUGCCCUUCAUCCUGGCGCUGUCAGAUCCAUGAUCUUCUCUCCCGAACCCUGGGAUCUGCUUAUCUGGGCCGAAGAUCAAGGCCGCAUAUGCAUUGGCGAUCUGCGCACCGGACUAAAGACCAAACAGGUGAUAGAAUUAAAACCCAACGAAGAAGGUCUGAAGAAGGUUGAACUCGAAGAUAUUGCGACGGAGUAUUUGACUGAAGGUGACCGUUUGGAUGAUCUGCAGCAAGAAAUAUUGGAUCGCUACCGAGAGGCACGAGAUCCCGCCGAGCAAGGCAACUUUGCUAGAGAAUUCCUCCAAGCUCGAGAGCGUGAACGCUACCAACAUCUCGACCGCGCCCGUGUAAUGUUCCCGACUUUGUCCAACACAGCAUCGGCGCCAGGAGAUGAUCCGCGAGGCCUUACAGCACACGAGCAACAGAUUCUUGAAGCACUUCGAACAACCAGACAACGCGAAGAAGCUCGUACUCAGGGAAGUACUCCUCGCUCGAUCAACUAUACAAGCGCCGGCCUCUUCAGCGCCCAUACCAGUAGCCGCACUUCGGCAACUGCACGAUCAAACGAGACACCUCGCCCAUUCAGCGACGUCUUGGUCAACCAUAACGACCCUUACGCAGCUUUCCCGGAGCUAUCUCGGACAUCUCAGCGGGAUACCACAGAGUCUCGCGAAAGGGAUCGAACUACAGGCGACAACACAUUGCCGCCGCUUCAUUCGAUACAGGAAUAUCUGCUGCUCCGUGAUAGAGAGCGUGAAGCGUCGUCCGCAUCCAACACGGAUCGUGGAACUAGCAUCCGCCGUUCUGGAGCAGGAGCAGCUCCUACUUUGACGAGCACUGCCGCGACCAUUCCUCCACACGCGACGCGAGCAACAACGACCACCAGGGCUGAAACAGAGGAGGACAAUCCAUGGCGCACUAUAUCCAACGCAAUGAGCUUGGCCCGAGGACCGUUAUUCGAAUCACCUCGAUCGAUAGACGCCAGCACACGACAGUCUCGUGAGCGCGAGGCUAUGGUGCGUACGGAACAGCUCCGCCGAAUGACUGCGCAGCGUGAGCGGCUUCGCGGACUACGACAAGAGUUUGAGCGUGGAACAGAUACAGCACAGAGCUUGUACGAUACACUCACCUCACUACGAGGCUAUACAUCGACUCGACCUACAGCAUUCCAUGAUGGUUACGAGAUGCUGAUGCGCAGGACUGGACGUGAGGCUACCAUAGGAGUCCGGACGGCAGGGCUAGCCAUCAGUCAUGAUGGACGCAGAUUGUGGGCGGCAUGCGAGGAGGGCAUCUUCGAGAUCGACUUGCAGGUCAAGCUGAGAAUGAUGUUCCCAGCAGUGGAAAUGAAA